UAAAAGUGCUCAAUAGGGGAAACACUUGAUACAGUAGAAUGCUGCAGUAUGGCCAAACGAAAAGCAGUUAGUCUGUCUUUUCACACAGAAACUAAUGACUGGUGACAUUAUAGAAGUGGACUUGACUGAAUUACUUCAACUUUGGCAAACCAUUCACUUUUACUUCUAAGAAAGUGAAAUUAAGUCGGAUUAAAGUGUUUUGGGCCACAUGACUGUUGAAUGUCUGUCGGAUAAUCCCUUUAUAAGUGUCCCAUACAUUCUUUUCCAGGCCAAAUGAAUUCCAAUCUUAUUCACCUGCACCAGUGACUCCACAGCUUGACUAAAUUGCACACGCACGCACACUUUAGUCUCCUCCCUUAGGAAAGAAAAAAAAACGAAACCGGUCUUGCAGUGUGCCAACAGUUUUUUUUUUUUCUUGCAUGUGUGUGUAGUUGCAAGUCUGGGAUACUUUUGCUCCAUCUCACGUCCAAUCUAAAGCUGUGUCUCACGCAAAGAGCGCUACAGUGUGUAUAAAAGCAGCAAGAAGCUGACCUACGGUGCAAAUUGAUCCAGCAGACACAGCAUGGAAGCGGCCCCCGAGGAGGCGAAGUUAGAAGAUGAACAGCAGCAAGCUACAGAGGACUGUCUGGUCCUUGAAACAGAACAAGUUGAACCUCAAAAAACGGUCCUGAUCGUGUACGCCCACCAGAGCUUGGGCUCAUUCAACGAAGCAGUCCGGGACGAGGCUACUAAGGAGCUUUCAAAGCAAGGCUACCGGGUCAUCGUGUCUGACCUGUAUGCUAUGAACUUCAAAGCCAGCGCCACAAAGAGUGAUAUAAUUGGUGAUUUGAAGAACUCAGAGCUUUUCCAGUAUGGAGAGGAGACUAUGCAUGCCUGGAGGGAGGGUUGCCUAAGUGAAGACAUUAUGGCCGAACAACGUAAAGUAAAAGAGGCUGAGCUCAUCAUCUUCCAGUUUCCUUUAUACUGGUUCAGUGUACCUGCCAUCAUGAAGGGAUGGAUGGACCGAGUGCUGACUCAGGGCUUUGCUUUCUCCCUGGAAAAGAUGUACAACAACGGUAUUUUCAAGGAUAAGAAAGCGAUGUUAUCCUUUACAACUGGAGCAAUAGAAUCAAUGUUUCGCCCCGAUGGCAUCAAUGGAGACAUUAACGUCACACUGUGGCCUCUUCAGAAUGGCACUCUGCACUUCUGUGGAUUUCAGGUCCUUGCUCCUCAGAUUUUCUGGAGUCCAGCUCACUGUCCUGCUGAAGUGCGAACUGCAAUGCUAAAACAGUGGCGUGAGCGUCUCAAAGGACUGCUGGCUGAAAAGUGUCUGACUUUUGCCCCUUGUGAAUGGUUUGGCCUCAGCUUUGAAAAGGGGUUCUUGCUCCAGCCAGAGGUGAAGGAGGAGCAGAAGUCCAAUGCCUACGGGAUCACCACAGGGCACCAUCUUGGCAAAUUACUUCCCCCUGACAACCAGACCAAAGCACAGCUCACAGAUGAGGAGCUUGUCAGUAACCGCCUUCACACACAGAUGGCUGUAACUACACACAUAAUGUGAUUGCAAAACAGAGUACCAGAAUCACCCUAAUCAAUUUACUGAACUGUUA